AUGCGAACUCGGGCUUCCAAGCUGGUAUCAUCAACGGCCCCGUCAAUACCGAUUUCCAUUUUCCGCCAGGUAAGUUGCGGUAGAAGAGGUGCGAGCCGGCCAUCGCUAACGUCAACCCUACUAGAGCGACCAGAAACACCACCAGACCCGUGCGCUAUCCUACCCUUCAGCCGUGACACAGACUUUGUCGAGCGGGGCAACAUACUCGAUCAGAUCCACCAAAAAUGUGCUGUGCCAGGAUCUCGGACUGCGCUCGUCGGCAUGGGCGGUGUCGGCAAGUCGCAACUCGCCAUCGAAUACGCAUACCAAAUCCGAGAGCGAUCCCCGCAAACGUGGGUCUUUUGGGUGCAUGCGAGCAGUGCUCGAUUCGAGCAGAAUCAUCAGGACCUUGCACGCUACCUCAAGAUCCCCGGACGGCAGGACCCAAACGCGGAUAUAUUCCAACUCGUGCACGACUGGCUGCGUGACAAAAAGAGAGCGGGGGAAUGGGUCCUCAUACUCGACAAUUUCGAUGAUGCCGAUUUCCUUUUCGAUGCUCGAAGUAUAAUGAACGCACGCGAAUUAGUCCGUGGGGCGGAUACUGCGCAUAAUGGGAAAGCGACCGGGUUGGGCGGCGGGAGCUUGCAGCCGCUCGUGUCAUACCUCCCACAAUGCCAGCACGGAUCCAUCCUGGUAACAACACGGACUAGAGACGCGGCGCUGAAGCUAGUUGAGCAGCGUGACAUUGUUACAGUUGAACCAAUGAACGAAACGGAGGCGAUCGCACUUUUACAAAGAAAAUUACCUGAGCAAGAUGAUAGCAAAAGCGUCACCGAACUCGCUGAAGCGCUCGAGUUUAUGCCGCUUGCUAUUGUUCAGGCAGCGGCUUACAUCUCUCGGAGAGCACCGCGCAGUUCGGUGUGGCAGUACCUCGAAACCUUCCGCAAAAGCGACCGCGAAAAAAUGAGUCUGCUAGACAGCGAGGCAGGACAUCUUCGAAGAGAUAAAGAAGCUAAGAACUCCAUUAUUAUCACAUGGCACAUCUCAUUUAAUCAUAUACGUCAAAUCAGGCCAUCAGCAGCUGAUUUGUUGGCACUGAUGAGCUUGUUUGAUCGGCAAGGGAUUCCUGAGACGCUGGUUCGAAGUCAAGUUGAACGGCUAUCACUUCUUUUUCAUCGCAACAAAGACCUAUAUAAGGGUGAGAAGCAGGACAGUGAGAGCAAUGAGGAAAUAGACGGAUUUGAGGACGACGUGCUCAUGCUGAAGGACUACUCGUUCAUCUCAAUUUCUGAGGGCCGAUCUAAGUUUGAGAUGCACGCGCUAGUACAGUUAGCAAUGAAGACGUGGAUGGAAGCAAACGGACAGCUGGAAAGAUGGAGACAGCAUCAUAUCAAGAUUCUGUGUGCUCAAUUCCCAAUAGGAGAGUACAAAAAGUGGCCCAUAUGUCAAGAACUUUUUCCACACGUCAAAUCUGCAGCGGCGCAGCAGCCGCUAGCACAAGAAUCACUGAGAGACUGGUCCUCUCUGCUACACAACGCAGCGUGGUACGCGUGGACUGUGAACAAUAGGGCUGAAGCGGAGGAGAUGGCUAUUCAAGCGAUGGAAGUAAGAAAGAAAAUCUUCGGGUGGGAGCAUAAAGAUACGUUAGACAGUAUGGCAAUGGUAAGCCUGGCCUAUAAGAAUAAGGGCCAGUGGGGCGCAGUGGAAAAGCUGCAGGUGCAAGUGAUGGAGAUUACUAAGAAGAAACGAGGAGCGAACCAUCUAAACACGCUAGCUGUAGAGAAUCGCAAGAAGAAACUAAGAACGGACCAUCCAGAGACGCUUAAGAGCAUGCAAAACCUAGCGGAAACGUUUUCGAAGCAAGGCCGACUAGAGGCAGCGGAAGAGCUAGAGUUGCAAAUAUUUAAGAUUCGCAAGAAGAAACUAGGAGCGGACCAUCCAGACACGCUCACCAGCAUGAACAACCUUGCCUUUACGUGGAAAGACCAGGGUCGAGAUGCGGAGGCUAUAAGUCUCAUGAGGCAAUGUGUACGGCUUUGACAAGUCAGAUUAGGCAUUGAUCAUCCCCGCUUUAUCAAUUCCUCAAAAGCGCUGGCUAGAUGGGAGAGGCAGGGUAGGCGGAAAUUGGUAGCUAAUGCUAAGAGAGAUGUGGCUGAAAGUAGAUAGUUUAGUCAAAAGUGAGAAAGUGAAGUGUACAGACAGAUAGGACACAUCAAACUCUGCAG